CCCCCCCCGGUGUUUCCCUCAGAUCUACUCUCAAACACACAGAGGGAUCCGAAGCCAUCCAGAAGCUUCGGGUCCCAUCGUGUGCUUUUGAUUUCGGGCGAGCGGGCCGACCCCAGCCUUCGGCCCGUUAUCAAGCAAGCUCUUUUGGCCCAUUAUCUCGUGGGCCUGGUUUUCCAACUCUACAAUUGGAUCCAGACCCUGCAACGUGUUGGGCUUCCACAACGAUACCCGCAGUUGGCCGUCUUCCAGCAGCAUCUUCUACAAAUCAUCGGGCUCCGGUUCUGCACUCUGACAUCCAAACUCAUCCACUGAUUCAGAUCUGUAAGAAGAGGUCGUACCUUUCCUCUAAAUAAUUUUUCAGCCUUUCCCUAUAAACUAGUUUAUCUUAAGAUUAUUAUUGUUUUCACUUCAUGUUGUCAGUUUGAGAUAGGACUUUAAUUUUAUAAAAGCCUAUGCCCCUUGAAAACACACAUUGAGCUUUACAAAUUAUUUUCAAAUCCUCGAAAGGCAACUAGAAAAUUUUACUUGAAUCUGGUGAAACCCAAAUCAAUUUGAAAGACCCCACUUUCAUUAGAUUAACCUGCAAAGAUUUUGCAUGAUCCAAACCAAGGAUAGCAGUACCUAAGGUCCUGAUAUUUUGUUAUCACCUGUGCUAAUUCGAAGGUAACCGAGACCAUGUCAAAAGUCGUCUUUUAUUCAAGAUUGUUGAUUUUAUUCUGAAUGUUAAUUAUAUAUCUAGGAUUUUUGAAUUCUAGAGUAUGACAACUUGCAGCGGUACAUCUUACUCACAUGAGAUGUCGACCAACCCAAACCAACAGGUGUUAGAUGCCAUAGCAGCAUUAGAAACCAGAUUAGGGGCAAGAAUCAUUGACCUUGAAACUAGGCUGAACACUCGCUUGACUAUGGCUGAAAAUUCAAUCACCAACCUCCAAGUUACUCACAAUGAUGGAGAGUCUGAACUUGGUGAGUUUGAACCGCCCCGCCCCAGAGGCCUUGGGCCACAACACCAAAGGGACUAUCUAAGAGCACGUGAGACACCAGAUGAGCAUGUAAUGCGCAGUAUUAAGAUCGAUGCACCAAGUUAUGAUGGUCGUCUUGACCCAAAAGUCUUCAUUGACUGGCUCGCUGAUAUGGACCAUUACUUUGAAUGGUAUAGCCUGUCUGAAGAUCGCAGAGUUCGUUUUGCAAAAAUGAAGCUCACUGGUCCCGCAAAGUUGCAUUGGAACACAAUAGAAAAUAUGCUUGCUAGAGCUAGACAACCCCCUGUGGUACAAUGGGAUGAGAUGAAGGAGAAGUUAAAAGAAAAAUAUCUCCCAACAUCCUAUAAGAGUCGUCUGUUAGAUCAGUGGCAACGACUGAUUCAAGGAAACAAACCUGCGUCUAAGUACAUCGCUCGCUUUGAUGAGUUCUUCAUGCGAUGUGAUGCACGUGAGAGCGUGGAGUUGACCCUUUCUAGGUUUAGGUCCAGAUUGCGAGAUGAUCUACAAAAAGAGCUUAUUCUACGCGAGGUCAAUUCAUUAGAACAUGCCUAUCAACUUGUCCAAGACAUUGAGCGUUAUACUAAUAAGACAACCUUUAGGCGAUUCGAUCUUAAGGAGACCAAUUAUAAGUUCACCCACGGUAGUCAAACUAAUACUUGGAGUAAGCCUAAUAUUAGAAAUCAAGCGACCGAGUCCCCAAAAAUUAAUGAUCAAAAGAAUAAGGGAAUUUUAAGUGAACCACCCAAAAUUUCUCGAGAUCAGUGUUACAGAUGUUUUGGUUUUGGGCAUAGAGCUAGUCAAUGUCCUACUAAGAAAACACUGGUCAUCGAAGAAGAUAGAAAUGAUGAAGAGAAUGAGUUGGUCCAUGAACCAGAGAUAGACCCUGAAGAGUCAGAUGAAGGUGAGGAAUCCGGCUCACUUGAGGGUUCCACUCCUUUAGGCGUAGUUAGGUGUGUCCUUAUACAACCUAAGCAAGAAGAUGAUGACUGGAGACGUCGAUCCAUAUUUCACACUUAUAUCAAAUGUGGCGAAUAUAGCUGUAAGGUUAUCAUCGACAGUGGGAGUAGUGUCAAUGUUGUAUCCACAAGAACUGUCAAGAAGCUACAGUUAAAGACAGUGCCUCAUCCUAACCCUUAUAAUGUGUCUUGGGUGGAUAAAACUGCUAUACCAGUCACUGAGCGUUGUCUAGUCCAAAUCAACUUUUCUGAAUAUAAUGAUAAGGUCUGGUGUGAUGUUAUUCCAAUGGACGUUGGACACAUCAUCCUUGGUAGACCGUGGCUUUAUGAUUUGGAUGUGACCAUUUAUGGCAAAUCCAAUUCCUGUUCUUUUGUUCACCAAGGAAAGAAAAUUCGACUAAACCCUUUACCUCCUAGACCUUCUAUUGCUGGAAAGAAGGAUGUGAAGGUUGAAAAGCGCCUUCACAUCAUUAGUCCUAAGGAAUUUGAGAAAGCAGCAGCCCAAGAAUCCAUAAUCAUUGUGUUAGUGUCCAAAGAAGUUGUUCCUGAUUUUCAAGUAGAUUUUCCAAAGGAAGUUCGUCAAGUUCUGGAAGAAUUUAAGGAUCUCUUUUCUGAGGACCUUCCUGAUGAGCUUCCUCCUAUGCGUGACAUUCAGCACGCCAUAGACUUGGUUCCAGGGGCGACUCUCCCGAACUUGCCUCAUUAUAGACUCAAUCCGAUUGAACAUGCUGAAUUGAAACGGCAAGUUGAUGAACUAUUCCAAAAAAGGUUCAUCCGAGAAAGUCUUAGCCCGUGUGCGGUGCCUGUGCUUCUAACGCCCAAAAAAGACGGCACUUAGAGAAUGUGUGUGGAUAGCAGGGUAAUUAAUAAGAUAACGGUUAAAUAUCGAUUUUCAAUACCACGAUUGGAUGACAUGCUUGACAUGAUGGCAGGUGCCACUAUCUUCUCCAAAAUUGACCUUAAGAGUGGUUACUACCAAAUCCGUAUCCGCCCUGGUGAUGAAUGGAAAACAGCUUUCAAGACCAAGGAUGGGUUAUAUGAGUGGCUAGUCAUGCCCUUUGGGUUGACAAAUGCACCUAGCACAUUUAUGCGAAUUAUGACCCAAGUAUUAAGACCUUUCAUGGGAAAAUUCCUUGUAGUCUAUUUUGAUGAUAUCUUAAUAUAUAGCAAAAACAAGGAACAACACCUUGAGCACCUACGUUUGGUCUGUAAUUCACUAAGGAAAGAAAGUCUAUAUGCAAACCUUAAGAAGUGUUCAUUUAUGACUGAUCGUGUAAUCUUCUUAGGGUUUGUUGUGUCUUCUGAGGGUGUUUCAGCAGACCCACAGAAGAUCCAAGCUAUUCUUGAAUGGCCUGAACCCACUACAUUAUUUGAGGUGCGAAGCUUCCACGGCCUAGCUACCUUUUAUAGGAGGUUCAUUAAGAAUUUUAGUACGAUCACUGCACCGAUUACGGAUUGUAUCCGAAAAGGUGAAUUUCAUUGGACCGUUGCGGCCUCAAGGGCAUUCCAAGAGAUCAAGACUAGAAUGACUGAAGCUUCGGUAAUGCGUCUUCCAGAUUUUACUAAAGUUUUUGAAGUCUCUUGUGACGCAUCUGGUCUAGGUAUAGGUGGAGUCUUAAGCCAAGAAAGACAUCCUAUCGCAUACUUCAGUGAGAAGCUGAAUAAUGCCAAACGAAAAUAUUCCACCUAUGACAAAUAAUUUUAUGCAGUUGUACAAGCGCUGCGUCACUGGCGUCACUAUUUGUUACCUCAAGAGUUCGUAUUAUAGUCCAAUCAUGAAGCUUUGAGGUACUUGAAUUCUCAGAAACGAUUGAGUUUACGACACGGAAAGUGGGCUGAAUUUCUUCAAGAACACACCUUCGUGUUAUGUCAUAAAGCAGGAAUUGACAACAAGGCAGCUGAUGCCCUAAGCCGACGUGUCGCAUUACUUUUGUCAGUAAGCAUAAAGGUUACUGGAUUUGAUCGUAUGAUUGCCGAUUAUGCAACUUGUCCAGACUUCGCUGAGAUCUAUGCUAGUGUUUUAGAAAGUCACACCAGGGACAAUAGUGACUACCUUGUGGUUGAUGCUUUUCUGUUCCGAGGAAACAAGCUGUGUAUCCCUCAAACAUCCCUUAGAGAUUUUCUUAUUUGGGAACUCCAUGCGGGAGGAAUAGCUGGCCAUUUUGGUAGAAAUAAGACCAUUGAUAUGGUCGAACAAAGAUUUUAUUGGCCUAGUUUAAAACGGGAUGUUGCAAAAAUUGUUAGUCAGUGUCGUACUUGUCAUCUAUCCAAACAGCGCAAACAAAACACUGGCUUAUAUACCCCCCUUCCUGUCCCAGAUCGUCCUUGGCAGGAUAUUAGUAUAGAUUUUGUGCUAGGGUUGCCAAAGACUAGAAGUAAGCAUGAUUCCAUUCUCGUGGUAGUGGAUCGGUUCUCUAAAAUGGCACAUUUUCUGCCCACUUCCAAGACUUCUGACGCCUCCAAAGUUGCGAGGAUCAUCUUUGAUGAGGUCGUUAGACUCCACGGGCUUCCAAAAUCGAUAGUGACUGAUAGAGAUGUCAAAUUUGUUAGUUAUUUUUGGAAGACCCUCUGAAAUUUCAUGGGUACAAAGCUUAAAUAUUCCACAGCCUAUCACCCUCAGACAGAUGGGCAAACUGAGGUGGUCAACCGCAGCCUAGGAAACCUUCUACGAUGUUUAGUGGGUGACCACCCGGGUAAUUGGGAUCUUCUCAUAUCCACAGCUGAAUUUGCCUACAAUAGCUCUGUGAACAGGACCUCUGGUUUGAGCCCUUUCGAAAUUGUCUUAGGCUAUGUUCCGCGAAAACCUGUUGAUCUUAUCCCAGUAGCACCUAACAAUAGAAUCUCUGAGACCGCUGAGUCCUUUGCGCAACACAUGCAAAAUUUACAUAAAGAGAUUAAUAAGAAAAUUGAAAUCAAUAAUGCGAGAUAUAAAAUGGCCGUUGACUUACGUCGACGUUAUCAAGAAUUUCGAUGGGUGAUGAUGUAAUGAUCAGAAUCAGACCUGAACGGUUUCCACCAGGAACCGUUAGGAAAUUGCACGCCCAAAGUAUGGGUCCAUACAAAAUUCUGAAACGGGUUGGAUCUAAUGCAUAUGUGGUCCACGUGAUUUUGGGAUUAAUCCAGUUUUUAAUGUAGAAGACUUAGUUGCCUACCGAGGUCCGACAACUAUUCCUGCCGACCCAUUCAAUGAGCCUGACACUGACCUCACAUCCAACUUUGAGACCAUAUCUCCUGCUCCUGCCUUGCCUCCUGUACCUAUUUCUCCGCAGAUCACAGACACAGUGGAACAGAUUUUGGAUGAUCAGAUUGUCAGUACACAGAACGGUGGUUAUCAGUGAUAUUUGGUCAGAUGGCAUGGUCGACCUCCGUCAGAUGAUACUUGGAUUAGCAGAGAUGAGCUUCAGCGACUUGCUUCAGACCUGUUGGAGCAUUAUCAGACAUCCGUUUCGCUAGAGGCGAACUCCUCUCAGCUGAGGGGAGUUGGUGAGACACAGACUACCGUUUCCAGCAUGUGUAUAGGCGUCGCCGGCGUGCAUAGCACUUUGGCCGCCCUAGUUUUAUUUUCUUGUGUAUUUUCGUUUAUUUAUUAUGUAUUUUCGUCCUUGUUAGUUGUUGACUUGUUAUGACUGUAUUUAGCUAUUGUAGUGAUCCAUGAUGUUGUGGGGAUCAUGGGUAGUUAUAUGAUCAUUUGUGGGAAUCAUGGGUAGUUACAUAGGGGGCUAUAUAUGAAACCCUCAUUUCUAUUGUUGUGGUUAGAAUAUUUUGAUUAAAAAAAAAAACGUUGCUUUGGCAACUGGUGGAUUCCAGAACUCCUCUCUCCUCCUUUCCCCUUCUUAUUUUCUCCUCUAAAUCAUCUGUCCCGCAUCAGCUUUGUUGCUGCUUGAGGUGAGGUGCUUCAUGUUUUUGUAAAACAUAGAAUGGUGAAUCAGAUUUUUUGAAACACAGAAUACACUCACUUGAAAUGAAAAUAAUCUACACAUUGUAAAAAUGCUUAUUUUAGUUUCUGGAGUAAUUCAACAAAAAACUAGUACAAUUGCCGAAUCAAUGCAUUACUAGGAGCAACAUGUAAUAAGAUUGUUAACUAUUGUGCAAGGGUUCCAUAUUAUGAGGUUCAAAAGAGUUUUCAUACCGCAGAAAAACAUGUUCAUAGUUUUCCAAGGUUGACUUUGAAAAUUGAGCAUGACUAUUUAUGGAAAAUUGAUAGCACUUUUUAGAUCAAGGAUAAUAUGUUGAAGUAAGUUGUAUAUCCAACAUGCUUUGAUUUGUUUCAAAUUAUUGAGUUCUAGAAGAUAAAUUCUAUGGUAAUAUCAUGGUUAACGAGAUACCUGAGGCUAUCUUAAUAAAGCAUCAGAGAGCUCAAUAAGUUCUUCAUAUUUUGUUAAGCACUGCUCUUCAGGCAAUUUUGAUUAGUCAUAUCUUCUCUCCCAGUCUUGGUGGCAAGGACACCAAUUGUCAAGCCUUGUCCUGUUAAUUUUCAAUCAGAGGAUAAGCUCAGGGUUGAUAAAUUUAUGUAUAUAUGUUAAAGAGUAAGGCAGUGUUGAUCCACAUUAUUCUCUGACUUAUGCAGUACCAAAUGAUUCCCAGUUUGCAUGUUUGUUUUAGAUUUCUUUUGUGGGUUAUUAAAUUUGCAACUGCAUUCCCCUAUUAAUCUUGAAGUGACUUCUAUUUUCAUUUGGUGCAUCAAGACAACAAAACUCUGAUGCUUAUAAAUGGGAAGCAAAAUUCAUUUAUGUGGUCAAUCCAAGCUUUGCAAAGCUGUUUGUUGUAACUUUUUUCUUGAGAAGUGAAUUAUCAAUCAAUUAGGAAUUCAUAGAAAAUCUUCUUAUUUGCUAGAUCAUCUGGGAGACACUCUGCAGUGUGGAAGAUAGAUUCUACUACUGAUGCACUCAUAUAGGGAAUCCAUCUUUUCUGUAUAUCACUCCCUUUAUAAUGCUAGAAAAACUGCAUUCUCAGCAGCUAUGACCAUACCUGCUCCAGAUGGUGAUUCCAGUUGGCUUCUUAUUAUAUGACUUUUUUAAGGUGAUAAUCGGUGAGAAUAAAGACAUUUGACAAAUAUUGUGUACACAAUAUGCUUAUGGAAACUGUUAUGGGGAUCUGCAAGCAUGUAGGCUAGUGAGCUACUACUUACUCUCUCCUAACCUGGAGCCAAUAGUGGUGCUCCUGUCAUUUUGAUUUAUUAAAAAUAAAAAAUUCUGCUACUAAGAAUGACUAGCUUCAUGAUUGAUCUUUUCCUGUCUGAAAUGUCUUCAUGGUAUGUGGAACUACUGUUCUUGCUAACAGCAGUCUGACUUUACUUUUGUUGCCCUUGUUCAAGUACCAUAAUCUUUUGGGUGCACACAUAAUGCAAUGCAUGCCAGUGAUUUUUUGGCAGGCUGUUUAGGUUGUUAUUUACAACCGGUUUGCAAUUAUGAAUUUGUUUGUUCUGGACAUAUUCUAGAUUAUUGCAAUUAUUGUCUAAAAUCAUGCUGCAGUUAUGCUGCUGAGCAUUUUGGAACAUCAUAGUAUCUUUCUUCCCCUGCAUUAGGUAUAUGGCCCUAACUUUUUCUGGGCUAUUACAUUACAACAAUUACUGUUUGGAACUUUAAAUAUAGUUACAUUCUAGUGUAAAGAACAGAAGUCGUAUUUGUUAUGUUUUAUGUAGCCUAUUGAAUUUGUGAGUAUCGUCUUAGAAAUAUAUUAAUUUAUCUAGCUGAAAGUUUUAUUUAACUUUGGAAAGAUGACAAAGAUAACAUAAACUCAUUAAUAUAAUUAUAAGCAAAACUAUGCUUUAAACCCACUGGUUUACUCGACUAAUAAGACAGAUCACAAAACUUGUUUGUAUUACCAAACAAAUUCCUGGAAUGUAUCUGAGCCUUAAAAGUAUCUUUGCACAAACUACGAGCUACUCUCAAAUUUUCUUAGUCAAUAAAUUCUUUUAAAUCUAUCAGAUGCAUCAGUAGAGGACACAGCUCUUCAAGAUUUUUAGUUUUAUAAUGGGAAGAUGUUGGACUAGGUUAUUUCAUGAGGUGAAUAAAAGAUCUGAAGAUUAAAAGCUAAUAAAAGACCUGAAGAUUAAAAGCUAUGAGCCAAUUGCUAGUUGAACAUAUUAGGCGAACUCUGUUACCCUCUCUCUCUACUCCUCUCCUCUUCUCACUCAUGUUCUUUUUUUCCCUCUUCUCCUCUUCCCUCUCCCAUUCUCUUUAUUUCUUUCUUCUCCCAUGCCCUCUCUUCUCCUAUUCGCUCUUUAUCUCCUUCCUUCUUGUGGCCAACUCCAUGCUAGAUCAAUCAUCAAUGCUCCUCUUUCUGACCAAGAUGAUUGCAACCCAGAGCUGCAACCCCCACAGAGGGUUGCCAUCGAUCAGCCUAUUCUCCGAUUCCGAAUCUGAUCUGAUCCCGACAAAUGCCUGCCCUCUCUCUCUCUAUUUUCUUUUCUUUUUCUUUUUCUUCUUCUUCUUCUUCUUUCUUUGUUUCUUCCUUUCUUUCUUUCUUUCCUUUUUUUUUUGCUUUGCCCCUUUUUUUACAUAUUAGAUUAAUGCAAAUGAAUAGAUUAGGGGCUAAGGUAAGAUCCUUGGGCUUUCCUAAAAUGUCUCAAACUCAAAAUUGACCUUGUUUUGAAACUUCAAACCAACUUUUUACCCUCAUAAUGACCAAACUAGGUGAAACUCAAUAUAUAAAACUUGUAGGACCAGAUACUCUCAUGUCCCAAAUGGACAUGUAUAACUGAGUAAUGCCUCCCAAAAGAUAUUGAUUUGAAAGGCCCAAAAAUUCACAAAAUUCUAAUUCUACUAAGAAUCUUGAUUCACAUCAAAUAUGCUCUUCCUUUUUCUUAUUCUCAGCUGGUUCGGUGGCCCUAGCUUCAGAGGGUCGACCUGGAUUGUCUGCACGACAUGUUGGGGAAUAUGUGGGCUUCUACACCAAGCCAGAUAUUCAUCUUGUAGGUAUUCUCCCUGUCGAUUCUGAUAGGCACCAGCUUGGUCCAAUGAGCACCAUUCUCGUACAUAGAUGUGGGGCCCUCUUACAUGGCAUUUUUCUCAGAGCAAUAAAAAGUGAGAAAUAUUGGUGAAUCUAAUGCUUUGUUAGGGGACUUUGAGCUCCCUCCUUCCUAUUCAAUGUUCCAACAAGCACACAGGGUUGAGGACCAAACAAUAAGACCCAACCUGAAAGCAUCCUAUAGCUGCCUUUGGGACGUGGGAUCUCAGGGACAAUGUGGCCAACCCACAUCGUGAGAGAAAGGGUCCAUCUAGCCUGGAGAACAAGAAGCUAACCGUCCAAGAGUGAGUUUGAAUAAAAGGAUAUUAGAAGGGCUGUCUCCCAUGAGGUAAGGUAGCCAAUAUUUCUGGUUUCAAUAAAGACUAAUAGACUGAAGUUAGAGCAGUGCAGCCAGGUGUCCAUUAUCAAAUCCAGUCGCUUCUGUUGUUGGAAAACUUGUAUAAAAUAGGCAGAAAGAUACGAAGUGAGGAGGUUUAGGUUGAUGAUUGGAAGUUGGAAGGGAUAUUGGAGGCGCCCCUGUCCUACUGAUUUCUGUUUUGAGAUUUCACUGCUCAUUACCUGCUGUCCCCCCACAAGUAAAACAAAUUGAUGGAUUCCUGAACCUUUUGGUGGAGAGUGAAUCACAAUCAGUAAAAUUCUAUCAUGAUAAUGCUAAAUCGUAGAUAUGUUGAAAUUCAUUUUUAUGUCUUUGGUUGUAUCUCAGUGCAAAUUAUGUUGAGUCAUUCAAAUUGAGGAUUCACUUUGCUAGUCAUUGUUUAUAACGUUUUACUGCAGAAAAAAAAACAAAAAUUGAUAUUUUUUAAGUUCAGUGCAAAUGUAGUGAGUGAUUAUAAUAUGGAUAUUGAAAAAUUGAAAGCAACAGUCUGGAAGAUGUCAACUGCAAGCAACAAAGCUUCAUAAUAUCAACUUUUCUGUGUUAACUCUGAUCAUGAUGAUACUUUUGAUUGAGGUGAUUCAUAAUUUGAUUGCCAUUUUUCUUUUCUGAGAAAGGCUUUAUGUUGCUUUACACUCUUAGUAUGUUUCAUUUUCUUGGUAUUAUAGUUUAUUUUAUUUAGUUAUUUUUAUAUCUGUUUCUUUUUGUUAUUUCUUUUCUAGAAAUGGACUGGUCCAAUGCUGGAACUAUUUAUCAUUUUAAUGCUAGAAUAACCUUAUCAUUGUAUUACCUGUCUAAUUAAGUUGGCUUAGCAUUGGUUGGUGUAGAUAAUUAGCCAUUUUCAUGUUGUAAUUACUGUGAUGGAUAUGGCAUUUUAGAAGCCAAAUUCCUUGUCAGCUGUGACAACAACAUUUUGUUUCACCACCCCCAGCUGUUUGCUUGUUGGUGAUUAGCAGAUUCUUGUGCCAUGUAUAUGAUACUUGUCUGCUUGAAGUUCAAUCAUCCUGCUUCCAUCUGUUUUACAUGUUAAUUACCUAUACAACGUUGAAAUAUUGUUCCUGUUACUCAUUGUAAUUAAUAAGUAACACAGCUUGAAUGACUUUUUUACUUCUAGCAGUUUCUAUAGAUCUGCCCAGGCAUUCUUUUUUACUUCUAUUUCUACUUUCUAAUCUUGACAUGAGGCAUGGAGCUAUAUAAAGUAAGUAUGACACAUCAACAAGCCAAUAUGCUUUCAUAUUGGUUCAUUUUGGAAUAGCAGGAAAUAAAUCAGACGUGCAUAGCUCUGUUUUUUUUGGGGGGGUCUUGUUGAUGAAGCCUUUUUUUAAGAUCUUAACCAAUAUAUGUAGAUACAGACCAGGACAGAGAAAUUUUUAGUCACGAAAAUGAUGCCCUCAUUAAAUUCAGUUCUCAUAUAACGUGAAUUCGUAUAGAAAUAUGUAUUUUCCUAUAGAGUUGUUACUGGUGGCUCCCCAUGUAUCAUAACCAGAUAACAAUUUCCUGAAUAUUUCAUGAUAUUUGAAAUCAUAAUUAGUUGUUGCCUUCUGACACAUUUUUACCCAUUCGCUCUUAAAUCUAAUUUGCUUACAUUGAUAGUUAUAUUCAUCUGAAACUCAAAAUGACAAUUGCUGGAAAUAGCAUAGGGGUUUCUUAAAUCCUUAUGUGAUUGUUGAAAAAGGUGCUAUAUACUAGGUGGGGCAUUAAUCAUCUAUAUAGGCAACCAAGGGCCAAGCUUGCAGCUCGGAGAUUGAUGAUGAGUUAAUUCUUGUCGUCAACCGUGCAUCUGGCUAGCAGAGCAAGUUGACAUAUAAAUGUACAUGGAAAAUUGAUUAGUGCAUAAGUUGUUGGAGGGCUUUGUUGCUUGUUGAGGUGUGCUGCCUCAUGUUUUUAUAAAAUAAUGGAUGGUGCGUCAAAUUUUUGAGACACAUAAGAUGCACAUUAGAAAUGAAAAUGAUCUAAUGAUUAUAUAGAUGCUGAUUUUAAUGUCCGGAGGAAUACUAUUACCGAGUUAGUGCAUUACUAGGAGCAACACUUGAUUAGGUCGUCGACUAUUACUUGUGGCAGGGUUCCACAUUAUGAGGUUCAGAGGUGUGUUUCGUACUGCAGUAAAACAUGUUUAUAGUUUUCCAAAAAUUGAGAAUGACUAUUUAUGGAACAUGGAGAGCAGUUUUUAGAGUACAGAUAUAAUAAUUACAUUGAAGUAAAUUACAUAUUCAGCAUUUUUUGCAUUAUUUUCAAGUUAUUAACUUCUGGAAGAUAUAUAUACUACAGUAAUAUUGUGGUUAAUAAGACGAUUGAAGUUGUCUAAAUAAAGCAUUAGAGAACCCAAUAAGUGCCUCAUAUUUUAUUAGGGUUACUGUACUGCCUUUUAAGAAAUUUUUAUUAGUCACAUCUUAUCUCCAGACAUGGUGACAAGGUAUGCUGAUCAACAUGCCUCACCCCUUUGUUUUCAAUUUCACUAUAUGCUCAAAGUUGCCAAAUUUAUGUAUCUGUUUUACAUUAAUGUGGGGCAGUGAUUAUCCAUUUUUUUCUCUAACGUACGCAGUUACACAUGCUUCCCUGUUUGCAUGUUUGUUUUUUAGAUUUCUUUUGUGGGUUAUUAACUAUGCAACUUCAUUCGCUUAUUAAUAUGAAGGAAUUCUGUUUGAGUUAUAUGUGGCAAACACGACAAAUUAUGAUGCUUAUCAAUGGACCAGGAAAGCAGAAGUCAUAAACCUGGUGAAUCCAAGCUUCGUGAAGCUGUUGAUUGUAACUAAUCAUCAAUCCAUUUGGAUACUAAUAUAUAUAUAUAUUUUAAUUUGCAAGAUCAUCUGUCAGAUACUCUGCAUUGUAGAAGACAGAUGAUGCUAUAUAGAUGCAUAGUGAAUCCAUCUUUUCCUUAUAUCACUGAAAUAUGGUGUAUGUUCUCACCCUAUGCUGUUCCUAGUCAUGCAAUGCAAAACAGCCUUCAAUUCUUGAUUAUGGAUUGACGAAAUGCUCAGCAGUUGUUAUCAUACGUGCUUCAAAGCAAUGAUUCCAGUUGGCAUCAUCGUUAGCAGCAGCAGGAGCAGCAGUAGUGAUAGCAGCAGCAACAGUUGUCACUUAACAUUUUAAGGUGAUGAUAGGUGGGGAACAAGGACAUUUAAUUCUUCUCCUUAUGGACAUAAUAUUGUGUAUGAGAUAUGCUUAUGACAGCUGUUUUUGGAGAUCUAAGAGUAGCAGGCAGUAUUGUGAUUGUGAAAGUAGUGUUCUUGCUAACAAGAAGCGGACUUCAAUUCUAUUGCGGUCUUUCAGGUGGCAUGAUCUUUUGGGUGCAUACCUUCUAUAAUCCAAUACAUAACCAGCUAUCUCUGAGAGGCUGUUUAGGUUCAUUACAACUGAGGUUGCAGUUAUAGCUUUCUUUUUCUUUUUUUUUGUUGUUGUUGUUCUGGACAUUUCUAUAUAAUUGCACUCAGACUUAAAUCAUGUUGCAGUUCUGCUGCUUAACGUUUUGCAACAUCAUUUUAUCUUUUUUCCCCUAUGCUUGCUAGAGUGUUCCUCAACUUUUCUGGGAUAUUUCAUUAUACUAAUCAUUUUUAUUAAUCAUUGAUUCUAGAGCAAAGUCAAUAAUGAUGCACUUUCUCAGUUUGAACAAUCAGUCUAAUGAGUUGUUUUUUAUAUCUGACAGUGCUAACCUGCCCGUCUAAUUCAAGCUUGUAUGAACUUGUGCGAUUGGCAAAGUCGAGUCAAACGCAAUUGGAUGAUGCCUAAAUCCACACUGCAUCCUAUCAAUUUCUUUCUUUCUCUUCACAUGUUCACCCAUCAGAAUAAGUUUCCACGUGUCCAAACUUCCUCUAUUUUAGCCUCCAAAACAGAGCCAUCCUUCCACGCCUCACAGCAGUCCGGAUUAACCCCAGCCAACCGCAAGUUUCCUUCAUUCCAUUUCAAAUUCCUGCAUCUUCUGAGUCCCCUAGCCGUGAGCAUCGUCCAUGUCGCGUCCACAGAUCCAGCUCCCCAGCUUAGCAAAACAGACUCCUCCAUUUCCUCCCAGCAUCCUCAUCUUCUUCUGCUAGUUCCCAAGCUUAUUUUCUCAUCUCUCAUCCAUGGAUUGAGUCAGCUAUCAUCCCGUUUGGAAUAGCAUCCCGCAUCUUCAGCUCAGCCGUAAGCUUCAAUCUUGCGUCCGUAAGCUUCAAUCUUGUGUCCACGUCCUCGCCAUCUCCUGCAUCCACAGAUCAAGUUUCCUUUUCUUCCGUGAUUUCUUCCAAAACUUCCCAGCCGUCCGCCUGUCUCACGUCUAUGAUUCUCUUCUUCCAUAUCAUCUCCAACUAAAAAUCCUUCCUCCCAAACCAAUCCAGCAUCUCUCCAGAUUGAUCCCAGCCUCCGAGAUCCUCUUAAACGCUCGCAUCCUGCAUCAUCCCCUGUUCCCAGCCACAUGAACUUAUUCGCAGCCGAAAAAAAAAAUCAAACUUUUAAACCGAACAACCCCAUCAUCCCAAACUGAUCGAUCCUUCACCCAACUGGAUCAACUCCAAUCUUUCUCCCGAGCUGAUUGUGUCCCAAACAGCUUCAUCCCGAGCGUCACGGAAUUCCCAGCAUCACCAUAGAACACCUCGGUUCUUUCUCCUAGCAUGAACAGAAGAAUAACAGCAAAUUAAACUUUCAAACGGCAUCAUCUCAAACUCAUUAACAUCUCAACCAGCAGUCUCCUGAGUUUCAUGGAUUAACAGCUUCGAACUCCAUCUGUUUCCCGAUGGAUUAUCACCUACUCCACGCGUACGGCUUCCUCUUCUUCAUCCAAACUGAAUCCCCUGCAAAACAGAACGUGAGUUCCGUUAUCAAAAUCCUCAUGGGUUGCUCCCAGCCAUCGGGACUAAAGCCAGCGUCUACAACACGUCUGGAGAUUAAGCAAUAAUCUCUCAGCCUCAUCCCGCUUCGAUCCAUCCUUAUCUCAACAUGGAACAGGGGAGGAGAGGGGGAGGCAUGCAGCCUAUAAAAGGCCCAGGCAUGGAACAAAGAAGGCAUUCGGCUGACCCAUGAUUCUCACCCACUCUAUCUCACCGCAUCAUUCAUUCUUAUCUGGGAGUUCCCACCGAAGCUAGAGAAGGGAGGAGACACAGGAGAGAGGAAGGAAGUCGUGAUGGAAGCCUUCUCCACUGCUCCUGCCGUCCAGAAUCCCAUGGAAGGCUGAGCUCUGCACUAGGGUGGGAUGCAGCCCUAACAAAGGGACAAGGAUUUUGUAUAUUUAAUUUUCUGAUCUUGGAGUCGUAUGAACUUAAUGCUUUUAAUGAAUAUCUUCUUUUAUCU